CUCCAACGGCACAUUGCAAGUAUGGCCGGGGACAGCGACACACUUCUCAGGGACCGGGAUGAGAGCGCCACCGUUACUCGACAGCCUUUCCUCAUAGGCGUCUCCGGUGGCACUGCUAGUGGAAAGUCGUCUGUGUGCGAGAAGAUCAUGGAGAAACUGGGCCAGAACGAAAUCGACUGCCACCAGCGGCAGGUGGCGAUCCUCAGCCAGGACAGCUUCUACAAGGUGCUGACUCCAGAGCAGAAAGCCAAAGCACUAAAGGGCCAGUUCAACUUCGAUCAUCCAGAUGCCUUCGACAAUGAGCUUAUCAUGCAGACGCUCAGAGAAAUACUUCAGGGAGAGACGGUGCAAAUCCCAGUUUACGACUUUGUUACUCAUUCCAGGAAAGAGGAGUUUGUUACGGUGUACCCGGCCGACGUGGUCCUGUUUGAGGGCAUCCUCAUGUUCUACUCUCAGGAAAUCAGGGAUCUGUUCCAGAUGAAGCUGUUUGUUGACACAGACCCAGACACGCGGCUCUCGCGUCGAGUUCUGAGGGAUAUUAACGAGCGUGGCAGAGACCUUGAACAAGUGCUGACUCAGUAUAUUACUUUUGUAAAGCCGGCCUUUGAGGAGUUUUGUUUGCCGACAAAGAAGUAUGCAGACUUGAUUAUUCCAAAAGGAGCAGAUAACCUUGUGGCCAUCAACUUGAUCGUCCAGCACAUCCAAGACAUUCUGAACGGUGGACAGACCAAGCGUCAGAACGGCUUCACGAACGGACACAGCGCCCCCCGGCAGCGGAGGACCUCGGAGUCGAGCAGCCGCCCUCACUGACGCAGAGGCCCCUCUCUUCGUGGGGCGGAGAGGGGUGUUGGAGUUGCACUGUAAAUAACGCCACCCUGGCUACACUGUAUUUAAAAAGCGAAGAGACACAGAAGUAAUUGAAAUGCCUUGCAUUGAGCCCUUUUGUGAUCAGUUAUGUUUUUUUUUUUGUGUCAAACCUGAACUUAGAUUUUCUUUUGUUGUUUGGAGGGUAAAGAAGGGACCUGUUUAAACUGGGUUUUUCUCCCUGCUCUAUUUUUUUUUAAUGUCCCCUUGCUAAACAACGGAAGUCUUUUCUGGUAGAAAAUAAAAAAAAAUCCUUUUUUUUUUUUGUUUCUGGUAAAACUUGAAGCCCUGGUUUUUAGGGCAACCUUAUAAAUGUUUGAGGAUCUGAAACAAAAAAAUACGGUUUAACGUUGGUCAAAGGAAGGUUGAUCUCUGUAUUGACAAUCUUGGGAGUGUUUCUCAUUGUUUUGUCAAUGAUUCGAAUCAAUAUCCACCUCAGUGUUUCACACGUGCAUCGUCACACAUCAAAACAAAUGCUGGCAAGUUUCCAGUUCAUCCAAAAAGGAUCAAAAUGCUUUUUUUUUACAUUUAUUUAUUGAAAUUUAAAUGAUGCAAAAAACAAGGUCUAAGUGUUUAUUUAAAAUAAGAUAAUCUACAUUAAUUUUCAUAACUUGGGUGCUUCUGCUCGCAUUCAAACAGCCAAAUCACAGCUGUGACAUCAUGAUGACAUAUUCUCAGGGUAAUGCAAUUGGCCUAAAAUGCCACAUUAAUGAAUGAUGGGGGCUGGUCCAGGGGUGUUACUUGCCUCAGCAAUAGCAUUCAUUCCAGAUGUGUGGCAAACCACCAUAAUGCCUCGGUAAAGUUGCCUCAGGUUUUCAUGCAAAUCUCAACACUAGGAACCGGUCUGUUCUGGAUAGGUUUUCAAUAAAUACGUUUUUUUUUUCCUUCAUGCCAAGUCCUAUGUUUGUCAUGUGCAAUUGAAUGAAUGAGUUGUGAAUGGUUGUGGAGUAAGGGACUGAUCGGUUAGUUGAAGUUGAAUUUGUCAGUUGCCUAAUAGUAAAUAAACUGAUGCAGAUGA